GCCAGAGUAAUAGCAAGAUUUGUAGCUAGCUAGCUAAAACUCUUGUUUACACGUAUUGGCUAGCCGGUCGGAUGUUCCGCCGUACUCUAGCUACAGUAGCUAGCUAGCUUGCUGGCUCUGGACUCGAUUUUUGGACGGAAAAUGUUCUGCGGCUAUCUUACUAGCUAACAUCACAACAUAUAUACGAUCAUAUCUAGUUUCGUUGGAUGUGAGGUUCAGGUCAGCAAGCUAGAUACACUGUAUAAUAAUAGAGAUGUUCUCUGUUGUAUCUAACUUAACGUAUAACAACUCCGGUGUCCGGACUAGCCUGCUAGCAAGUUGGCAGAUCAUGGUAUGGUUAAUAUGAUGGAUUUCCCUCGUAAGUGUCCGAAGUCCUUUUUUGAAUAGGUGUAAAGCUGGCAGAGUUAGCUGGCUAAAAUAAUCUCGCUGGCCAUACUUAUUGUUGUUGUUUGCAAUGAUUUGUUGCUAGAGAAUAGAGAUAGCGAGGCAGCCAGUUGACAUUUUGGCAGUUCAUUCGAAAUAUGUUCUUUGUGUUGCUACCUAACCUCUCGGAACAGAACAAUAGUCUAAAACGUAACCAGAGCUCAUCAUAGCAAACAUCGAUGUGGUUUUCUUCCCAGGUCAUAGCACAACAGGAAAAUUCGUUUGCAUUGCAUUCUGGAUUUCUUGCUCAUGUUUUUGGUAAACAGCAGUCAGCUAGGCAGCUGUGUGGUUUGAUGGAAACUGCUGAAAUUCAAAUAUCUUAAGCAGACGUGCAGCCAUCGGGAGUGGUAAGAGCCAGUUGUUCAACCUCAAAACCAUUUUGUUAUCUGGCUACCUGGUGAUUUGUUCUCGGCGGGAGCUGUCGGACGGAUAAUUAGAAGUUGGCUAAGUUCGCUUGCUAGGUAGUGUGUCUACGCAUACGCCGUCACCCCAGCUUUGUUCAAUAUGAUCUUGUGAGCGUCAUUCAGAUUGCAACUGUUAACUAGGGCAACGGCUUUGACAGGUUUUCACAACUGUAUUUAGCGAGUUAGCUAUAUGCCAGAGACGUUAGAUACUGUUUAGAUACCCCGAAAUAUUCCACAUCCUUGCUGAAGAGAACGCUAGCUCCCUUCCUGCGGAAUUCUGAGUAGGUCGACGAAUUUAAUGUGAAGGUGCAUGCAGUAAACGUUUGAUCUGGAACGGGACGUACAAGAAGGGUGCUCCCGGGAGAGGUGUUUACGGGUACACCCAUCUCCCACCUCACCUGGUUCAGAUGCGAGGAAAAAUGGGCACCCCGGGCAGCCCAGUCAAGAGUUAUGACUAUCUCCUCAAGUUCCUCCUGGUGGGAGACAGUGACGUGGGGAAGGGGGAGAUCCUGGACAGCCUACAGGACGGAUCAGCCGAGUCCCCUUAUGCAUACAGCAGUGGGAUUGACUACAAAACCACCACAAUUCUUCUGGAUGGGAGAAGAGUCAAGCUGGAACUGUGGGACACCUCAGGACAGGGUAGAUUCUGCACCAUCUUCAGGUCAUACUCCAGAGGGGCACAGGGAAUCCUGUUGGUGUAUGACAUCACCAACCGCUGGUCAUUCGACGGCAUUGACCGGUGGAUCCGGGAAAUUGAUGAGCACGCGCCCGGUGUGCCACGCAUCCUAGUGGGCAAUCGGUUACACCUGGCAUUCAAGCGGCAGGUGCCCACAGAGCAGGCUCGGGCCUAUGCUGAGAAGAACGGCAUGACCUUCUUUGAAGUGAGCCCCCUCUGCAACUUCAAUGUGAUCGAAUCAUUCACCGAGCUGUCCCGCAUUGUCCUCAUGAGGCAUGGCAUGGAGAAGUUCUGGAGACCCAACAGAGUGUUUAGCCUCCAAGACCUGUGCUGCCGUGCCAUCGUGUCCUGUACCCCAGUCCACCUCAUCGACAAGCUGCCCCUGCCUGUGGCCAUCAAGAGCCACCUCAAGUCCUUUUCAAUGGCGAACGGCAUGAACGCUGUCAUGAUGCACGGCCGCUCGUACUCGCUGGCCAAUGCUGCCGGGGGCAGCAAGGGCAACAGCCUCAAACGCUCCAAAUCCAUCCGGCCACCGCAGAGCCCCCCUCAGAACUGUGCCAGGAAUAACUGCAAGAUCUCUUAGCGUGGAAACAUGGGCACCGAGCCCUGUGUCCCCUGCGCCUCCUCCUGCGGCCACAGCUUUAGGGCUGUGCGCUGGCCUGAGACAGAGUCCUGCACCUUCCUGCCACCGAGAUUCUCAUCUCCCGGGAGGAACUGACAGAGCUCCGCCUACUGAGGUGUGCAUUCGAGCUGAUAGGACUGAAACCAGCCAGCCAGGCCAAAGCUCUGCCUCCCUGUUCAACCUCCACAGUCACGAAUCCAGCUCUUCAACCUGCUCCUUCAGCAUGCUGGAGUCAUUCAACACUAUAACCAAGGAUGGGACUAUUUUAAUGCAUUUUUUUUAAUGUAUACACCAUAUAUACUUGAUAUUUAACAAAGACAAGAUUGCAAAUGAAUCUAGUGUCAAUUUGUUUUAUUUUAUUUUUUUUUUUGCACUGAAGUUCCUCUUGUGCAGUCUUGACAUGCGGAGAAAUUAAAAAUGACCCUUUGCGUUUGAGAUGGAAGACUCUGACAAAGCUACAAGAAGUUUACAUUUUCUGGAAGGUGUUUCAGCACUCUGUUUGCACCACACUUAAAAUGUCUGGAGUUCAUUUCCCUGUAUUUCCUACAGUGUAGCCUAUCCAUGUCUUACUCCUGAUUGAAGCCCAUACAGGGAUGGCUACAGAAACACCACUUCAGCUGCCAUUUUUAAUACAUGGUGUGACAUUUCAUUCAUUAGGUUUCAUCCCAUUUUAUCCCUGACUGCACUUCUUCUGUGGUACCCCUCCACUUCUGCAAUAUAACAUGCAUAGGGCAGGAUUUAGGGAUGAGAUUGUGUUGUGGUGAUACAUAUUUAAUGUCUGUGAAGUCAGCUAAUCUGCUGAGACUUGGUUUGCAAACCAGGUUUACCGUAAAAUCUAAUAUCUGUCCGUCCUGUAAAGAGUUUUACUUAGAACAUACCCCUGCAGUCUUAACUACUAUGUGUUUUUCUGUUUCAAUGAAAGUAAUGUAUCAGUACUAAGUCACAGGAUCAGACCUUAACCUUGUUUAUCUUGUGUCUGAUAAGCCACGGCUCAAUGCCGAAAUGAACCCAGUCUCCACGUCUGGAGCAUUUCCUGCACCUGCUGGAAGUUUGCCUGCACUGUUAGGGAUGUUUUGCCCUGGGUGUGUACUGAUGAGAUAUCUGAACCUUUUUCUGUUUAGAUUGUGCCUCAUAGCUCAUCAAGGGGAGGUUUCGAAAUAUGAAAUGUUAGGGUGGGAGGUGGUUGGAAUGGAUUCCAGUGCAGGCUUUCUCUCACCGUUUGUACAGAGAGAUGGAUUGUAAUGUGUUUGAUGUUUUUAACAUGCCUUAUAACACAACCAGGCAUUCAAAUAUCUUAGGGCUGUUGUGUUUCUGAAUGAAUGAGACUAUGCUGUGUUGUUUGGUCCCUUAGGUGUUGUCACCUUAAGUCUUUUAAAGUAUCCUCCUAUCUACUCAAGAUCUCAUGCUUGCCUUCACCCAGCUCUCUAAUGUCCCAUAGUGCCCCCUUGUGCCAAAUCCGUAAAUGACAAUAAUCAAAUGAAGAGCACAUAAUCCUCAUUUAUCCGUAUGUUGAGUAGCACUGAAGUGCUUACAAAGCCUUGUUGAUUUAAGCUUCAACAAGGUGUUUUUCUAAUUUCUUUUUUUUAUAAUGGAGUAUUCAGUUAUAUUUGUUCAGGUUCAGAUACUCAGUUUUUAUUUCAGCAUAAGAUUCAUUCAGUAUUAUCGCACAUGCUUGACAACUUCAGAUAUUUUUCAUGCUUUUUUAAUGCACAUUGAACAAAUCAAGGUUUAAAUGAGGGUGAAAUGUUACUGAGUGUUGCCAAAGUGAAAGUCUUUCGCAAUUCAAGAAUGAGCUUUACUUUCUCCCUUAGUAACAUCUAUAAAUGAAGCAAACAUUAAAUAUAAAUACAGUUUCCAGCCUGCUUGAGCUGAACACAUUUGCCAUUGCAGCCCAAUGUCUAUAUAUGUAAAUCUGAAGCAUUUCCUAUUGUAACCUGCAGUACAUUCAAACCCUUGGUCUGAAAACUCCUGUUUUUGUGCGCUGCUGAUUCUGCAUCACUUUAGGCUUGAGGUGUUAUUGCAGCAAAACCAGGGCUGCUUGGUUUCAUAUUGCAAAUCUUACCCUUCCUCUCUGAAUCGGUCCAUUAAUGCAUUCAUAAUCCUCUCUUUUACAGACACUGCAUUAGUGUGCACUGAAUCUGCAAUCACCCCCC